AUGCCUCUAACACCAGAUGUUUCUAUCUGCCCCAAAUGCGAGGGCAAAAACAGUCGUGACCACCAGUGGGAUCGACAUAGCAAAACCGCAUUGAUUGAAUGUUCCUUCGGAAUUUUCAAGAUUGAGCGUACGUUUGACACCCUCAUGUGUCCCAUCCGAGGGUGCAACGAGGAGAGGGAGCGCAUCAGGACAAUGCGAAAGCAUCUGUCGGUCGCCCAUGGAGCUUUGACCGAUAAUUCUGACCACUCGCCCGCUGCUCUGCGCGCAGACGACACUCGUACUUCCGUUGUUGGGACCGUUUUACGACAGGGGAAAGUUGUCAAGAAAGGUUUAGCAGUAGGACAAAGCGUUGCAGAUGAGUCGGAAGACGUUGCUGCAGAAGAACAAAACUUGGAGCUCGUCAACUCUGACGACGAAAAAUCCAUCCUCGGAGAUCCUGAGUAUCACUCUAGUGCGAAUUUCUUCGAAGACACCAUUAAAAAACUAGAGCAUAGGAAGCGUGCAAAAGUCGCACAAGGUCCACAAAACGCCUCCGAGGAGUUGGACGAUGAGGUCUCUCAGUUGCUUACGGAGGCUCAGGCAAUUCCUGAUCCAGACACCAACGGUGUGUAUCUCUACCAUCGUUUUAUCUUCCUUGAAACGAGCUUAGAAAUAUCGGAAUGUUUCCUUUUCAUAGAGCAAGGCCACUUGAUCUUCGUACCUGGCCUUUCUUAUCUGGUCUCUAACAACCUGCUGAGGUCGUGUGGCCUCAGGUACCAUUUUGGCGUCUUGGCAAAGGACGCUCACUCGCACCUUAGCUACAGUCAUCACCUCGAGGUAGACAAGGAUAACAUCUUGGAGGCAUUACGCCCGCUGCAGCCUAUCGACGACGCCCACGACAUGCCCUUCAUCGCUCCUAACGGUCCUCCUCUGGAAAUCAUUCCAGUGGUGGACGGCUAUCAGUGCACUCUGCAGUGCACCUUUUGCUCCUUUAAAAAGGGUACCUGUGAAAGGCACGUCUACCAUCAUCCGAGGGAGCAGAGGAACUCAGGGAUCGACAACUUGAGAAACGCUCGGGUUCAGACGGUGUUCCAAGGCAGGAACCGCAAAUAUUUUGCAAUCAACGAGGCGCUUGCAUCGCCUUUGUCCGAGGAGUUGCCCUUGGAAGAGAUACUUCGUAAUUACGAGUCUAUCUUCAAUAUGGUCGGGCCUUCGUCUCCGAAUACGCUGAGGGAGGUCCCUCCUCUUUUGCAAAUCACCCAGUGGCAUGUAUUACUGCGGGAAUACGUGGAAGAUGAAGAGAAGCGCAAACAGCUUAUGACCAUCAUGGGCCUGGAAGAACCCGAAUGCCAGUUUGCUUACACGCACAUGCGCAAGGCCAGCAUCAAGUACUUGAACGAAGCCGCGAAUAGGGUCAGGCAAGGUGGUCUAGGCAUCCGUUGCCUAAUAAAGCACGGCCCAAAUGUAUCGUCUACGAACACAGACCACUUCCAUACUCUUCUCACUGAUUCCAGUGUCGACACGUACACCGAGGUGUUGGCUUCAUACAUCACAUUUCUUUUCAGGACGUAUACUGGAUUCGGUGACCAAGCUAUUGCCCUUCCUACCAAUCCCCAGCAAGAGGACAUGAUUUCGGAAUUCAUACAUUCACUCAAAAAUCAGGCCGAAGAAGUUCCAUUUCCACAUGAUAUACUAUUCAGCAUGAUGGGUCCCAACGACUCCGCAGAGGAAGGUGACACAUUCCAGUGUCCGCUGCUCAGGUAUAUUGCCUUGGGAUCUCUGAAGGCAGACGGCACAUUCAUAGAGGCAGAGUGGUUAACAGGCAAGUUGGCCAAAUGGAAGUAUAUCAUUAAAUGCUGCGUGGUGAUGCAGUCCGAUCUGCACAAAGAGGAAUCUACGUUCCGCAGGGAGAUAUUGGCUAACUACGACACCCACUUGAGCAUCGGAAGCGGGUGUCCCUUCAAUUUCAUAUCGGAACUCCAGUCGGCGGCUUCUUCAAUCGCCAAAUUGACUGUACACAUUCCCCAAGUGUUUUGGGACGAACAAUUUACCAAGCUAUCGAUCUCCGGGGAGGUCCUGUACAUGUCGAAAUUACGCUCCGGGUUGCAGGAAAUGAUGCAAACCGCAUCCUACAUUAUGAAGGAGCUUACCGAAGGGGUGAAGUAUCUCACCCGCCUCCCAGAGGACGUCAAGGACAACUUUGCAAACAAGGAUUAUGGCUUCUUGUGGUUGUCCGGAGGUCCCUUUACGGACCGCCCUCAACCCCUUGUGACUGACGUGCUGCAAAGCACAAAGUGGAACCUUUGCAGGAAGGACAACGCCGGCCGAAUUUGUUGGAAUAUACCCACCGCUUGCUCCAUCCUAUCAAAAUGUGCCAUGCUAAAUGAGGUAUUGUCUGUCCUUAAUCACAUAGUACCCUCUCAGCCUUGCAGAGGCACAGAAUGGGUAGAUAUGAAGAUACGGAAUUCGAUGAGGACACAAAAUCAUUACAAUUUGAUGUCGAGCAUGUACUGGAUUGUCCGGUACACGAAGAUAACCAGCAUUCUAGGUCACAACAAUUACAUUCCAUUGUUAUGUCCGAGUACCCUGAGGGAUCUCAAUAUGGAGUAUUUCGUGGUCGUUCGCCCCUUGGAGGUGUUCCUGACUUCCUUGGUUUACGGCGAGUCGGCGGUCAGGUUGUUCCAAGAAUAUGCUUGGGUUCAGAUGGGCAAGCGGGUCUCCUCGGAGCAAUUCUCGGUAUACCUGAGCACCCACAUAAGGGUCUUCUGCGACGCAUCGUUAUUGGUUAAUAACUGGCGAAAUUGCGCGGUGUCUAUAAUGAGGCAAUUCAUAGAGCCUCACUACUACAUGGGGGGCGACAGGAUAGGCGAUCUGGCGUCUGGCCACGGUACUUACAUGUCCAGGAAUCGGUACGGUUUAGAACCGAACGGUAUUCCUCAGUUGACGACAGAUGCCAUGCACGAGUUUGCCAAAUUAGACCGUCAAUGGCACGACAUAUUGGGUUUCGGUGUUAAUCCUCCCCCAAUCGCCAUCGUCUUUCUUCCGCGCAACGGGGGAAACUCACAAAACACGAAGGACGACCUGUUGGGCAAGGACUGGUGCCAGAAGUUUGCUCAAGCGUUGACACAGAGAGUGGUCGAAGACCUGAGGGCCACAAGACAGAAAGACAUCACCAAAGGCGCUGCCUUGGCGCUGGGUCAAGCCAUUUGCAGCAAGUUUGACGUCAGCUCAUUCUCGUCGGAUUGCAGUAUCGAGGACGUCUUGAACGCGAUUUAUGAACGCGGUCAUAAAGAGAGACUGAAGGACAUGAAGCAAGCGGUGGAGCUUGCUCUCUCGAAAAGAAAGAGAGGCGUGGAAGAGGACGAGGACGAGGAAGCAAACGGGCCUAAGAAGAAGAGCCGCUCCGAGGACAGCAAUUCCAAUGACAGCGAAGUAGUAGUCGUCGACGCCGUCGUUGAAGAUGCUCUCCCUCCUUCCUCCAUUCUACCUCCUUCCAGUCUCCCUCCACCACGUUCUCUUGCGCCCGUACUGGAACGGUCUCAGUCGGCCAUGGAACCAUCGUUCGCUCCGAGGAGAGCUGAACUUGUCUCUGGCAAGAAGAAAAGCAUUGUCCAAGACGUUCCCUCGGACGUCAAUCGUUUGUUCGAUUCUGACGUUGAGGUCGUAGAAGGACUCCCUUCCACCCCUUCCGUCGAUCGCACUCCCGGACGUUCCAGGCAAGUAUAUAUCAUUAUAUUGAAAGUGCCAGACGUCGCGUCCGAAUGUGACAUAAUCCAUUCGGAUGAUGAUUUAUCUGGAGAUUCGCUGUUUGGUGGCCUUGAUUCGGAGGAAGAAGACAACAGUCAUCUUACCUCCAGUCCAUCUUCUUCCACCGACUUUGCUACCAAACAGGUGUUACAAGUACUCCGGUUGUUACACGGUCCUGACGCACGUCCGAGGAGCAACGGCCAAGCGGAAUUGAUUCACCAUGCUCUGGCUAAUCAGAGGGACCUAUUCGUUCGUCUCAAGUGUGGAGCAGGCAAAGCGUCAACUUGGCUUGCUUGUGGAAAAGUGGAGCUUGACAAGGUCACCGCCGUCGUCAUUCCCUAUAGGAGCCUUCUUGGUCAGCACAUGGAAGAAGCCAAUCGCAUGAGGGUGAAAAGCGCGAGAUGGACGCAGAGCGAAUGGGAAAAGCGGCCAGAACAAUAUCAGGACGAUGACAUUCAUUUGUUGUUUUUGCCCAUGGAGGCUCUCAAGACGUCUCACUUUCAUAUCUUCCGUCGUGAGAGCAAAGUCGGACGGCGAGUCCGCAGACUCAUCCUAGACGAGUACCACGAGUACUUCGUCAAUGAGGAGCUACGGCAGCCGGACCCUGUCUUCUUGCAAGUGCAACAAUUUGAAUUCCAGAAGAUUGCUAUGACGGCUACCGCCCCUCCCCGCCUCGAGACUAGGUGGAAGAGAGUAUUGGGGUGGGGUCAGCACAUAUACACCAUCUCCGAGGAGACGGACAGGCUCGAUAUCAGACACAGCAUAGUACAAUUCCCAGGUGGCAACACAUUGGGUAAAUGGCGUAUGAGGGCGGUCGGUCGGCUCAUCAAACAUCUCGAAGGCACCUUAGCCCCAGGCGAGGCUAUACUGGUCUAUACCAUGUCCUGCGAUGAAGCGGACAAACUCGGAGAACAGUUCCAAAUGGCAAGACACCACAACAAGCUCCCCGCUUCCAGUCCCAACUCCAAGUCCGAGUUCCUGUGUAUGUGGAUGGAAGGACACUACAAGACCAUGGUUGCGACUUGUGGGCUAACCGCAGGCAUGAACCACAUGAGGGUAAGAUAUAUUUUCUUUGUGGAACAAUGCUACUCCUUUGUGUAUUACGGUCAAGGUAGCGGCAGAGGCUACCGUAGUGGAGGGAUCGCAGACUUUGUCGUGAUUGCCCUGAACACGAGGGUGAUGAAAAAGACGCCCAAAAUCGACCAUGGUUGUCUCGGCCAAUGGAAACGCUAUAGGGUCAACAAAAUGACAUGUCAUUGCAGCAUCUUGAGAGAAUGCAUGGACAAUGACAGCGCCACCUGUCUCGAUAUCCCUGGAGCGGUCAAGUGCAAUAUAUGCGAAGGUUCCAACCCUUUGCAAGAAUUGGCUGUACGUGCCUGGAACGACGACUUGCCUGUGCCUGUACCAGUCCCUGUAUCCACGGAAUCGUCCUCCGAGGAGGUUAUUCAACCCAAUCCAAUCAACGAUGAUCCUCCCUCUCCAGCACCGUUUCCUUCCUCCUCAUCCUCUAAGCAGUCCAAUAGAAAUUCUUCGGACAAAUUGGACAAAUGGACAAGGAAGCAGCUUGAAGGAAUGGACUGGGAUCAAGCGGAAGCCGAGUUGGUGGCGAUCGAGAAGAGUGCGCAGAAGACGACGACCACUAGCUUUGUUCUACCACCUGUUCCAAGGUUCCAUGCUGAUCAGGUCUCUUCUCCACCGUCUUCCUCUCCCUUGCGCCAUGUCCUCAAGUCCAAACACAGCAAUAAACCUUUGAUCUCCUCGCCCCUUGCCAAGGUCUCCGUGGAGCAGUCCGCUAGACAAGCCGCUCGUGAGUGUCGUUUUGAAGAUGUAGGAAAAUCUUCCCCCCUCUUGUCCUUAUGUUUCAAGGGUACUCCAAAAGCGCAAAGUCGUCCUGACGCCAAUCCCUCGGGGUCUGUGUCCUCCCGACAAAUACCGGUUUCUUUCGACGUUCCUAAGCAAGCCGCUAUGUCAGAAAAAGCAAAAGGCAAGCAAAAGGCCAUGAAUGUGGUUCCUGUAAUUUCUAGUCCGACAAUAGCUCUUCUUGCUCCGACCAGGCCAACCAAUGUCCAUGUCGCCCCUCCCCAGAUCCAUCCCAGCGUGUUUGACACUCCCCGUCCUAUGAGCGUCCCCACAACCCCCAAAGCUGCUCGACUCCAGGGGUUCCAAUCCGCUCGCUCGCUCCUCAGUGACGCCCCGGAACCGUCCAACGCAAGGCCCCGCCAAGGAACCAAUCCGAUGUCCCCUGGUUUACCAAUUAAAGCAAACACCGCUCAACGGGAUGCGGCAACCUUGCGUCAACACAAUACUAUCCGUGACCUCCAUACGAUCAUGGAGAUCACAGAAGGGUCUUGCGCCGUGUGUUGGACUUUGACUGGUGCCCUCAUCCGCGGACACAACCCGCCCUUCAAGUGGUGUCAAAAUGCACUCCCCGAGGACUGCAACUACCGUUUCGGCUGGCUUAACGUAAAGAAGUCGCACAAGCUGCCCCGAGGACGCUAUUGUUUCUUUUGCGGUGUGCCUACCUCUUGGGGAGGCACCGAAGAACCCAUCUGUCACAAGAAUUGGCGCAUGGAAAAUAGCAUGUCGCCACCAAAGUCAUCUCAAAACUCCGGAUCCCCCCCAGCGAACCUGUGCAUUUGCCCUUGGUCGGACUUCUUGUGGAUCUCUAUAUGGAUCAUUUACAAGGACCCAACGUUCCGUACCGCUCUGGAUCACUUUGGAAUUUCCGAUUUCUCAGAGGAGCAGUUUUCAGCUUGGGUGUUCGAGGAAGAUCUCAGUGCAGGCGAAUAUUAUAAAGGGUUGGAGCUUUUCGUUUGGUUUUACAAAAUUUUCCGUAUUCCUGAUACCAUCACAUUUCAAUGA